UUGUGACGUCAAAUUAAGGCGACAAAGAGUGGUGUGUCAUAUACCUGCGACCGCUCCUGUCUUCACCUUCCAGUAAACAUUACGACGUUGUAAUGAAUUUCGGGUCUAAGACUUUUAAACCUCGACCACCUGACAAAGGAGCCUUCCCAUUAGAUCACUUUGGAGAGUGCAAAGCCUUCAAAGAGACCUUCAUGAAAUGUUUGCGAGACAACAACUUUGACAACUCCAAAUGUCGACUCCAGUCCAAAUCCUACCUGGAAUGUCGCAUGGACCAUCAACUUAUGGCAAAAGAACCAUUGGAAAAACUUGGAUUCAAAGAUAUGGUUGAUCCUCCUCCCAGCCAAGCAAACAAAGACUGCCAACACUGACAUGCCACCACUGGUGGCUUCUGUUGUGUUGCAUAAUGGACACAAAUAUGAUCUUAUCUUAAAUCUUAAUCUUCAGUUUUACACAUUUACGAACAAUUACAGGCAUGCAGUAGUGUACUGACUUAAGCAUGAAAUUACACGACAUCCCAUUUUGUCAAAACAUCAUCCUGCUGGAAAAUGUUGGACGUAUUGACUUGUGAGACGACGCCCUCUGCUGCAUUCAAAGCUGGGGCACUCUUUUUUUUUCCUGCAGGUAGCACUUUCUAUCGAUAGCAGGGAAAAUGAUGAUGGGGAUCUACUGUAUAUAAAAAUAUAAAAAUAACUGGGGGUGGGGUGGCCCCUCUAAUGCAGUGGGAGGGGAAACUUUGGUGUUGUGCUGCAUAUAUUCAAAAACUUAUGUGUGAAAUGUUGUGGUGCAAAAACGGCACUAAAUCUUGAAGAAAGGUCCAGAAUAUUUUGUAUUUUUGUCUAAUAUAUGGAGAGGUUUUUCUGAUUCUAUAAUUCACUAAAAAUGUGUCUAUGUUCAUUUGUUUUGGGUCGUUUUCAAACAGUACCCCUCAUAAAAUGAUCCCGAAUUGCAA